GUGAUGAGGUUUGCGCUCAAGGCGGGAGGAGGCGAUGGCGCGCGCUGUGGUGUCAUGAAUUUUGGGGCGGCGCUGGCGUCUGUGGACACGCCGUGCCUGCUGCUCUCCACGCGCCGAGGGUUGCCAUCGUUUGUCUCUACGGAUUUGCUGCCGGAGCUCCAUCCAGAUGCGCGCGUUCUUCACGUCAAUCCAGUGCAUUUCCUUGAAGGUCCACCAGUGAGCACAAUUCAUGAAAUUGGUGGAGGACACAAGCUACUUAACUUGCAAGGCAACGCCCUUGUGUCCCUCUCCAGAGACUCAAUCGUAAGCGAACCCGACGGAGAAGGGAACACCAAACUUGGUGCAGCCUUUAAUACGUCGUCCGGUCGCCGUGUGAUUGGUCCUGCAAAGUACAUGGAACUUGUCAACGCAUUGAAGCCAAAUGUGUGGGCUUCAAUAGCGGACGAACUUCCCACCUGGGUUUCCCAAAGGCGGAAUAAGCUCUCAGUGGAUCGGACUCUGCAGUGGCUUGAUAAAUGCCUUGGUUUGCAAUCUAUUGGCGAAAAUACAGCUUUUGGAACCAUUGUAGGAGGUGCGAGCAUAGAAGAACGAAAGCGUUCUGCUUCAGAGACUGCUAAGAGAAACGUCUCAGGCUUUUUCAUAGGCGGCUUUGGACUUGGGGAAAGCCCAGAGGAUCGCUUGACAUUGCUGCAAAGUGUUACUGAUUGCUUGCCGAAAGACCUUCCACGAAUUAUCAGUGGCCUGGGAAUGCCAGAGGAAAUUUUGCAAGCAGUCUCUACUGGUGUCGAUAUCUUCGACAGCACCUACGCGCAUACACUGACCAAAGGAGGCUAUGCAAUGACCUUUCCACUGUCGAUGGACGAAAAGCCGUGGAAAUUUUCUCUGGAAGAUGGAGCCGGGCUCGGUGCAGACUUCACGAAAAUAAACCUCCGAUCAAUAGCUUACAGAUGCGACGUGACUCCCCUCAAGCCCGGUUGUACCUGCUAUACAUGCCAAAAGCACACGAGAGCGUACAUCAAUCACUUGCUAAACACACACGAGAUGGUUGCUCAAACUUUGCUUGACAUGCAUAACAUUCACCACUACCUCUCGUUUUUCCAAGCAAUACGCGAUGCGAUAUGUGGCUCUUAUUUUGAAGAGUUUCAGCACUGGUUUAUUGGUCAAAGGCGAUAUUGUGAAAGCGAGUGUUUUGACGUGAAUGUCAGCUUGCUUACACCGGAAGCCGCUAACAUUUUAUGAGCGAGGUACAAGAUUCUUUCCGGGGCUAGAGCUUACCACGUGUUCUUGUAAUUACCAAGUUGUCGCUGGAAUUAAGCUCUGAACACAAAGAGGCAAGAAUUGGGUGAAA